AAAUAUAUAAAUAUAUAAAUUAUUCCAUUAUUUCAAUUUUGUAUCAACCGGUAUCUUCUCCUUCAAAAGAUAAUUGUCCAUUAUAUAAAAAUUCCUAUUCUAUUCUUUUUUAUUGAUCUUAUCUGACAGGUUUUCCGUGUGUCACGUGGUUUCUCUCAUUCACGCUCGAUGGUGAGCUAACUCCAUCUAUCUCUCAAACAACUCGUGAACGUAAAUGUAAACACCUUCGAUUGCAUUUUCAACGUGAAAUAAUAUGAAACAUUAAUAAUUGUUUCAUAAAAUCAGAACGUACAGUGAACAGUAAAAUGGAUAUACAGGAGUUUUGCCAAAGAUUACCCAAAGUGGAACUCCAUGCACAUUUAAACGGUUCAUUAAGUGUGAACACGUUACAAAAAUUAUGUAAGAUGCAACGCUCAGGUGGUACUUGCGAUCAAGCUCUUGUGGACAUUACCAAUUUCUCAUCUUUAAACGAAUGUUUUAAGAUGUUUGACACAGCACAUGCAUUGACAAUUACACCGCAGGCUGUAUUUGUUGCUACUUGCGAUGUGAUAAGAGAGUUUCGCGAGGACAAUGUGAUUUAUUUAGAAUUGAGAAGCACACCUCGUGCUGUAAAGGAUUCAAUGACAAAAAUUGAAUAUCUUGAAGCUGUGAUAAAAGCUAUCGAGGCGUCCAAAGCUGAAUUUCCACAAAUUCUUGUAAAACUACUGGUAUCAAUUAAUCGAAAACAAGGCUACGAGUCUGCAGAAGAAAACAUAAAUCUUGCUAUAGAGUUUACGAAGAAGUACCCAGAGUAUGUUGUGGGUAUUGAUCUUAGUGGCGAUCCAACAGCGGGCGAUUCAUUUUUAGAGUUAUUAGAAAUGUCUAGGAAAGUAGGCCUCAGAAUUACGGCUCAUUGUGCAGAGGUGCCAAAUGAAGUGGAAACAAAGGAUAUUCUAAAAUUUAAACCUGAUCGAUUGGGACACUGCACUUGUAUUCAUCCUAGUUUACAAGGUUCUCAGCAAUUGCUUGAUAUGCUAUUGGACUCCAAAAUUCCUGUUGAAUUAUGCUUGACAUCAAACAUUAAAUGUAAAACAGUGCCGUCUUAUAUGCAUCAUCAAUUUAAAUAUCUGUACAAAGUUGGACAUCCUAUAACUAUUGGGACUGAUGAUAAAGGUGUUUUUAACACGUGCUUAUCAAAGGAAUUAGAGAUAUUAAAUUCUGUUUUUAAUAUUGGGCCAAAACAACUUAAAGAACUGUCUAUAUUAUCUGUACAAUACAGUUUUGCAAGUACAGAGGAGAAGAAAAAUUUAAUAGAAAUUAUCGCAAAUUUUGAUUGAUACAUGUACAUUUUUCUAUUUUCUAUGUAAGUUUAUAUUAAACUCUGUAAUAUUUGCCGAUAGUUUUUCAGUAUAAUAUUUCGUGUGUAAUAUUUUUAUAUAUUUUUUUUAAUCGCUCAUGAGAGACCGUCAAGUAAUAUGCGAGCAAAAAUGGUGCGUAUUAUAAAUUGUACUUUAAAUAUGUGACGUAGAGUUGCAUAAUAAUUUAUAUCAAGACUCUUCGCACUUUUGAAGUCGAAUUAAAACGUGCUACGUUCAUGAAUUUUUAUUAUGUAAAAAUAUAAUAUGAAAUGUUGUGCCAAAAUGUAUAAGAA